AUUCUCGCUCGUUCAUUGAUAUGAUUUGAGGAAGAUUUUUCGAGGAGCGAAGAAGGCUUUUGGGUCACAGGAUUCAAGAGGAGAUGGUAAGCGCCAACGCUCUCGCAUCUCAUCUACAGCUUCGUAACACCAACUUCUUCAGAUGCUUCAGUUCUAUCAGAAAUGAACCAACUUCUCUUCAGUUCGGCCCAAGGAAAUCCCAUGUUCAACUAUCCAUAAGGAGAAGGGACAGAUUUACCCGUUUUGCUCUUGAAGGAGAUGAUGUUACGGAGAAGCUGGAAUUGAGCGGUGGCAGUUCCGUUGGUUCAGCUCUUGAAGAUAGGCCUGCAGCAAGUGAAUAUGAUGAUACUUCACUGGAGAAUACAUCUGAUGGACAAGGCCCUCUCUACAAUUUCCUAUACCCUAGUAAAGAACUGCUUCCAGAUGAUACAGAAAUGAGUUUAUUUGACCAUCUAGAAGAGCUACGGCAGAGGAUUUUCGUGUCAGUUUUGGCAGUUGGAGCUGCUAUCCUUGGAUGCUUUGUAUUCUCAAAGGACUUAAUAAGGGUCCUUGAAGCUCCUGUCAAAACACAGGGCGUUCGCUUUCUGCAACUUGCUCCUGGUGAAUUUUUCUUUACAACUUUGAAGGUGUCAGGUUAUUGUGGGCUUCUGGUGGGUAGCCCUAUUAUUCUUUAUGAGAUCAUAGCGUUUGUUCUUCCAGGUUUAACCAAGGCAGAAAGAAGAUUUCUGGGUCCGAUAGUUUUAGGUUCAUCGGUCCUUUUCUAUGCUGGAAUAAUAUUCUCGUACAUGGUUCUGACUCCGGCAGCCUUGAAUUUCUUUGUAACAUAUGCAGAAGGGGUUGUAGAAUCUCUGUGGUCUAUUGAUCAAUACUUUGAGUUUGUUCUUGUGCUCAUGUUCAGCACUGGGCUGUCUUUCCAGGUUCCAGUUAUACAGAUUCUGCUUGGUCAAGUAGGUUUAGUAACGGGCGAUCAAAUGUUGUCGAUUUGGAGAUAUGUGGUGGUUGGUGCGGUGGUUGCAGCUGCGGUGGUUACUCCAUCGACAGAUCCCUUAACUCAGGUGCUUCUAGCGGCACCCCUUCUUGGUCUUUACUUUGGGGGCGCUUGGGUGGUCAAGUUUACAGGCAGGUGAUUCCAUUCGCUCUUGAAUCUUUUGCUUUAGUAAGUAUUGUACCUUCUUCCAAGAAGUAUAGUUAGUUCAUCAAGACUGCCAUCAGUAAGCAGACUCUUCAGUUAGAGGGAAAUGAAGAGAAAAGAUAUAGAUACUCGAAUGUCCAAUCUUGAAUUUGAUCAAAAAGUUGUUUGUGAGUAGCCUUUGUGUAGGAAAAUCAUUUUUUUUCUUAUCUUGUAAAAUAAGAAUGUACUAAUAUUUUCUUAA